UAAUAAUAUUUUUUUGUUAGAGUCAAUAAGUUAAAAAUAAAAAUAUAUUAGUUUGUCAAAUUAGUUUUUGAUCAUAUAAAUUAGUAUAUUAUUAACACGGGUCAAUAUCACCUUGUAAAGGUAAAAGAAUGUUAUUUAAAACAAUGUUACGGUUUUUCCUUUUUGGUACAUUUAUUUUAAGCUGCUUAGUAUGGAUUUUCGUUUAUCAGGACCCGAACUCAUUUAUCAAUUACUCAACCUCAUACGUUUCUCUAAAUGCAACUCUACCAGCUUUCGAAAACGAUCCUAACUUUCUUAUUUCGAGCGAAAAAUGCAAAAUCGUUAACUUGAAUCCGUUCAACAAGUAUGCGAAAAAGUUUUUUAAACCCGAGAAAUACAAAGCAUGCAGGAAACAGGAGCUGUUAACGUACAUAACUAAAAUUGACAAUAUAGCAACUUUGCACAUAGAUGAGGAAAUUCUACCGUCCUAUUUGAAAAAAUCCAAAAAAAUCGAAAAUAUUAAAUGUUGUUAUUCAAAUGUUACCAGGGCUUAUAAUGCAGAGAAACCAGAUGACAAAAUAUAUGUAUCACCAUGCAAAGAUUUUAAGAAUAACGUGACCAUAACUGAAGAAUGCAUACUAGUAAAAUGUGAAGACAAAACAAAUUCAAAACUGGUUUACGAAAAUACUCACGCAAUAAUAAAAAUAAAAGAAAACGUCCAGAAAAAAAUGUUCUCGGCAGACAAUACAACAAAACAGUUAAGUGUGUUAAUAGUUGGUAUUGACAGUAUUUCAAGGCUAAAUCUAAUUAGAGGGCUACCGAACACGUAUAAAUAUCUCAGUGAUAAUAACUGGGCAACUUUAAAAGGCUACAACAAAAUCGACGAUAACACUUUUCCAAACUUGAUGGCCAUUUUAAUUGGUCAAAAUCAAAGUAGAGCAUACUCGGUUUGUAAGCCUAAAGAAAUCGGGAAAUUGAACGAGUGCCCUUUUAUAUGGAACGAUUUUAGUAAAUUUGGCUACGUGACAGCUUAUGGUGAAGACGAAUCGAAUAUAAACACGUUUAAUUACAACAAGAAGGGAUUCAAUACUACACCCACAGACUAUUACUUAAGGCCUUACGUGAUUGCAUCGGAAACUCUUAACAGAACAAAGAAGGACACGCUCAUAUACUGCUCAGGUCCUGAAACAGCAGGGGAGAGAAUUUUAAAUGCAGCCAAAGAUUUCGCGAUAACUUUUAAAAACAACCCAGCAUUCGGUCUUUUCUGGAUGAACUCCUUUUCUCAUAACGCAUUAAACUCGCCCACUGGCAUGGACAACAAAGUAAAACAGUUUCUGGAGGAUCUCAGCAACUCCGGAGUAAUAGACACGACGGUGGUGGUCUUUUUAAGUGACCACGGUUUAAGGUUUGGCGAUAUUCGACUUACCCCCACCGGUUGGUUGGAAGAACGUUUGCCUUUUAUAUUUAUUUCUUUUCCUACUUGGUUUAAAGAGCUGUUUCCGGAGGAGUAUAGCAACUUUUUGACAAACGAGUACAGACUGACUUGUCCGUACGAUUUGCAUAUGACGUUGCAACAUAUCCUAGUGCUUUCCGGGUAUAAUCAUUCGAUGAAACAGAGCGAGGGCUGUCCCAAGUGCCAAUCGUUGUUCUAUUUGACUCCCAAAGAGCGGUCCUGCGAGGAUGCCAGCAUUGCGCAGCACUGGUGCACCUGCUACGGCUACAAGGAAAUUCAAAUGGACUACGCAAUGACCAAAAACGUGGGUAAUUUUGUUGUUAAACAAGUAAGCGAUAUUAUCCAUAGAAAAGGUGGUGAUGACAAGUGUGCCAAAUAUCAUUUUUACAAGAUUAUCGAUUUAAGUUUGUCGGAAAAGUUGUCGUAUACGAACAAUACUUAUUUGAUGGUAAGAAUUGAAACGAGACCCAAGGCGGUGUUUGAGACAACUUUGUUGUAUAAAGGAGACUUGGAAGAUUUGGAUUUUUUUCCUGAUAGCAGCAUCAGUAGACUGGACUCUUAUCAAGCACACAGUAAAUGUGUAAGCGACUCCUACUUAAAAAUAUAUUGCUAUUGUCGCAAAUAAUGACACCAUUAAAAAAUACCAAGUCUACUUAAGUAGUUUAAUGCAAGACAGAUUUGUAAAUUUGUCAAGCAGGAACGAUUCUACUAAAUAUAGCUUGUUAAAGUAAAUAAAGAGAAACAUAUUAUAAAUAUUGACAAUAAUAUAAUACAUUAAUUAAUUUAUUUGGCCAAAGUAAGCAUUUGUAUAAUCUUUGACUAUAUAAAAGGCUAGUGUAAAAGUAGAUUUUAGGCAACCGUAGCAAGUUAAGCUGCUCACCAAAAACAAGAUUUUACGAAAAUGGCGCAUCAGUAAUUUUUUUUUGAAUUAGGCCAAGAUGUUUUAGGUGGACAGUAAUACAGGUUUUAUAUAAUCUAAUAUUUUAGAAAAGUUUUUAACAUUAUCCAAACAAUAUUUAAAAAUAUCAACCUACGAAUAAUUAUUUAUUUCGAAAUUACGUUUCAAUUGUUUUUAAUGUUAUAUUUUAUUGUUAAAAGAUUUUAUUCGAUAAAAUAUAAAUCUGCAUAAUGUUGUUAUAUACAUACCUAAAAAAUACUUAUAACUGUAUAUAGGAAACAUAUCAUUUGGAAUUAUUAGGAAAUAUUGACUAAUUUAUUAUAAAUAUGUUUUUAGAUAUAAAUUAUUUUUUUAUUUUUUUAUAACUUUAAAUUCUAGUCAGAUAAGCCUGUAACAUAUAUAAGGCCAGUAAAAGUACAACAUUUAACAUAAUAACCUAAUACUUUUAUACCGGUUGGAAUUUAAUUUUUUUUUAUAAAAUGAGCAUACAUUGAAUAGUUUGUAUUUUGGUUUUUGGAUUGACCCAAACAAGCACCGCGAUGCUAUACCCCGCCAACUUACAGUUACAUUUUUUUUAAGAUGGCGUCGAAAAUUUGAGAAAAUGUCUUAUAACAUGAAAUAUUUAAGUUUUUCUAUUUGGAAAAAUUUUAAGAAAAAUUCGAAUUAUUAUAUAUAAUAUAUUAUAUAUAUUAUAUUUACGGAUCGUACUGUUGCCAUGAAGAGUACGAAACGCAAAUGCAUAUCGUACUGUGCUUAUUACGGUAUACAAAUAGAAAAAAGUUAUUUCUUUAUUUCAUAAUUAUCAUAUUAUAAUCAAUAUUAUAAUAAUAAUUAUUAUACCUAAUUAUUACAAACUAAAAUUAAAGUUUGACAUAUUAUGUUGUUAAUUACGUCAUGUAAGACGACUUAAAAAAACGUACGCAGACAGGAGGGAUUGUAUAGAGAAACCUGCUGAGAGCAGGGCCGUGCGCAGGAUUUGCUCCUGAGAGGAGUUUUAUCAAAUUUCAUUAUAAAAUAUACAUUUUUAGGUUACUUUUCAGUACCUAUUUUCAAGUAAAAAUUGUAAUUUUAAAUCCCUCCUUGACCACCAAAACCACCCGUGCGCACGGGCCUAUAUGUAUGUAGUUAUAAAAUAUAUACCCCCAACUGAAACAAGCUUCACUGGUAAUUUAAAAAAUAUAUAAUUUCGUUUUAUUAUAAAAAAAUUUACAGUAAGAUAAACCUAAAUCAAAAUAACCGAAUAGAAUCUAUUCAAUGAUUAUUUAUAAUGUUCUAUGUAAAAUGCCUGAUAAAAAAUGAAAAUGUAAACCUGUUUUAAUUAAAUAACAAUACACGUGUAACACAUGAAAAAAAUGCCAUAAUAAAAAUUACACGUGGUUAGUGUGUUAAAGCCUUAUUAACACGUGUAAUUAAAAAACACACUAAAAAGGGGGUUAAAUGUUAGGUACUACAAAAAAUACCACGUGUCAAACGCUUUUACUGGCCUUUAUGUAUUAUACGAUUAAGUACCUAAUAAACAUUAUUAA